AUGGCCGUCUCAGCUUCUCCAAGUUCGCUCUCCAUCGGUUGUCCGACCUGGAAAUCUAAUUCUGUUGCUGCGUCUAGGUCACCUGCUCUAGUGCGAUGGCCCGUCACGGAUCUCAAUCGUAGGCUUCCUCUGUCGAUCCGGUGCAGCUCGGCGACUGGUGCGACUUCCUCUCUCUCUCUCUCUCUCUCUCUCUCUCUCUCUCUCUCUCUCUCUCUGAUUUGCUUAUGUGCCUAUUUUAUUCUUGUAUCUGCAUUCAUCGACCAUGUUUUUCUUCUCAAGUAUGGUUUACCCCGGAGCUCCAUGUACGUUGCUUUCAAUUCAUUUACCUCUCGCAAAUUGUGUAGUUCUCAUUUCUUGCUUCCAUUCUUCCUGCUGCUGUCUUAUUAUUUUGGCCAAUAAUACCCUGUUCUUGGAAAAAAAAAUCCCAUUCAAUCGAUGCUUCUAGGAGUCAAACCCACCCACACACACAUACCCACCCUGAGACGGAGGGAAACUUCUCGUCUUCCGUAUUUCUUCCUCAAAACUAUUUCGUCUUGCAUACUAUAUGUAUUCUAUUUUGAAAAGUUUAGUUUUUUAUUGUAGAAAUUCAACUUUCUUGUUCUUGAAUAACUAUACUGAUGCCUCUCCGAAGCUGCGUUGCGAAGCUUCACCUAGUUUCCUCUGGCUAUGAAGGCAAGCUGAUCCUUAUGGUAGGCACUAGGAAGGGAUCUUCUCUGAACCCAUUUUUAUUUUCACAAUUUACGCUAUGUUUUCCCACCGCCGACAAACUGAACAAAGUUAUGUUCCACCUCGCACCUGACCAGGAAAAUAACGUAUCACAGCAGAUGAAGCAUUCAUACUUUUCAUUAUCCCUUUUACUCUCUGCCCUCUUUCUGUAAAUGAUUCCGUGCAGUUAUGGAUUACCAUCUUGGUGCUGGAAAUCCUAUCCAGUUUUUCAUUGACUCACUGCUUCAUAGUGAUGCAUGUUUUAAUCCGAACCUUGGAAGUAUAAUUUGAUAUCAUCACUAUCUCCUUUUUAUUUUUCCUUUGUCCAUAAAAUAUGGCCUGUGAGUUUUUGAGGACUUUGGACAUCAGAGAAAAACUCUUUUCUGUACCUGAGAACUGAUAAAUCUUUACUUACAGUUAUACCUACAAUGAUGUGAAUGCUCAUGGUCUGGGUGUGAAAGCAUCGCUGAGUAAUGUUUUGUCUUGAAUGCUAUAGAUUUGUAAGAAAGUUAGUUCUUGUAAUUUCGUUUGUCCAUUAGCAUUUCCCCUGUGUAAUUAUCCUUCUUAAUUAAGCAACGGAAUUUUUUCAUGCAUGAACUCUAAGGUUAAGUAAUGGAUUUCUCUUGGUCACUUGUAGAGAUGAUGCAGGUUAGGGUCUAUCUAGACUUCUGAAGGAAUUUCAGUGUUGCGACCAUUGAUUGAAACUUACUUUCUUAGUAUCCUCGGAAAUUCUUGGGAUGCUAAGCUUCACUCAGAUGUUCAUCUUAUUUCUCUGUAUUCCAUAAUCGUUUCAGCAGCAAACACCACAGGAAGCGUUGCACCUGCGAUCAAAUUGACCGAUAAAGCACUGAACCAUCUGAAUAAGAUGAGGAUGGAGCGAAACGAAAAUUUAUGCUUAAGAAUUGGAGUCAAACAAGGCGGAUGCUCGGGCAUGUCUUACACAAUGGAUUUCGAGAGCAGAGCCAAUGCAAGACCUGACGAUUCGAUUAUCGAAUAUAAUGGUUUCGUGAUUGGUAAGUGCUUUGGAGAUAUCUUUUACUUGUGGAAAACAUUAGGCUGCUUAUCUAUAUCUGGUGCAUUAAAUCGGUAUUUUUUUCUGGCAAUCCUCUUUGGACAAUGAAAUCAAGUUGGGCUGAUGUGAGAAGCUAUUACUAUUAAACUGAUAUCACAAGGAAAUCAUGUGACAUCAGUUUGAAUGAUAUUCUUUUACCUUCACAUAUUCAUAAAUCCUCAUACUUACACGGAAAUCGUGUCCUAUCUGAAACACUGUUCCGUGUCAAUGUUUAAGACACAUAUAUUUCUACACAAUUUGAUAGAAUAUAGAAUGCACUGUUCAAAUACCAUUAGACUGGAUAGAAUCCAUUAGUUCUAGUGCAGUAGAAUCAGCCAGAUUGUCCUUAUUUCCUGGGUAAUGGGAAACUGAGAAUGGUAAAAAAAUCAGUUCAACAUCGUGCUGUGUUUAGAACUCCUGCUGGGUACGACCAUUCUUAAAAGGAAUUGACUAGUAUUCUUAAUUUAGUGAUCACGUGAGAUGAUAAGAUUGUAAGUACUCUUCUGUCGAGAAUUCUAAAAUAAAAUUAUGGAAUUUAAUGAUCAAUUGAGAUGAUAGGAUAGGAAACAUUGUUAACAGGGCAACAACAGUAGGCAAAGAAAAUCAAUGAAGAAUUUCUGUGGUAUGCUGGUCCUGUAGAUCAUCGCCUAUGCCUCUCCUUUCCUAUUCAUGUUCACGAUUUGAAUGCGGAAGUGAGAAACCAACGUGGCUCAUGGUAAGUUGGGCUUCAUAAUAAACUUCAUCUUCGGAUUUUAGAGAUGUGUAUUAUAUUACUUUAGUAAUUCUUCUGGCUCCUGUCUUUAGAGUGCUGGGAACGGAGGUAAAUCAAUAAAGAUAUUUGUAAUUAAAUAUUUGGUCUUGGUCUGAUUUCAGUAUCUGCAAGUGGUUUAUGAGCAACGUGAUCAGGGAUGACCCAAUCAGAAAAGGAUAGGAAAGCAAUUGACAGAAUUGGACUUGGGAAAGCAGAGCUUUCUAGGAAGUGAAGGUCGUUGAGGAUGGAGAAGAGAUGACUAUAGGAGACGGGGAAAAUAUGGCUCCCAUGCCAUGGGAGAGAAGAUGGUAGGUAGAAGGUGGCAGAUAAAUGAAGAUGCGGCGGAUUCUGGUUGCUCGUCUGCUAGAAUUGUGCCAAUGAACUUUCAUUUGGCCAGCUCAAGAGAUUCAGUCCCUAAAUCGACCAAACCUCCACAAACCGCACCUGGUUGUUUGAGUGAUCAGUAGGGGAACCUGAGGUUUCUUCCAGCGGGAUGGGCCAGGCUUAGGAAUACAUGAGAGAGAGAGAGAGAGAGAGAGAGAGAGAGAGAGAGAGAGAUGGGUGCAGUUGCAGAGAUCAGCUUUCUACCUGGCCUGAAUAGGACUCAGGCGAGGCUAUUUUCCUUUCCAAUCUUGGUUCUCUGGAUGAAGUGCAGAAAAGAAAUAGAAACUAGCCCAAGCCAGGCCCUGGGCUCACUUGGUUCAUUGGCAUCCCUAGUCGUUUCAUGCAGAUGAUUUUUAGGGAAUUAUCACUCCGGCUGUUCUUUUUCUUAUCUUCGACCAGCGAAUCGCAGUUGUGUCAACUUUCUAGAAAAUGUAUAUUGAGCUAUUUACUUAGCUGGAGACUUGAGAACCCACUCACCAAUCAAGAGGAGGGAGCACAGGGGAUUCAUAGGUAAUGAAAAUUGGCCUAGUUACAGUAGAAGGUUAGGUCAAACUCCACCCGUUCCAUCACUCCCCAGGCGGAACCUGACACCCCUCUUGGACCCAAGUGGCUGAAGCUCAUGGCUUCUCUCUUAUUUUUUUAUUCAUCUGCAGUGAUUUCCUUCCCCUUUAUCUCCACUGGGUUCAUGCUUCGCUUCCUUCUGACUCUCUCCCUCUUCUUGCAGUCACUGAUCCCAAGAGCCUCCUAUUUCUCUACGGAAUGCAGCUGGAUUUCAGCGACGCACUCAUCGGCGGCGGCUUCUCCUUCAAGAACCCUAAUGCUACUCAAACCUGUGGCUGCGGCAAAUCCUUUGCGGCAGAAAUGUAA